AUGAUCCGAACUCAGGGCAAGAAGAAUAAUAAGCGAAGGCAGAGAAGCUGGAGCCGAAGUCGAAGCCCGAAGAGAGAUGACAGAAAGGAUCAGAAACAAGACCGCCCUGCAAAGGGCAAAGAGGUCGAAGAUAAAAAUGAGUAUUUUCAGGAGGCUGAAUUUGAAUGCAACGUGAUAAGCGGAGCUCUGGGAGGAGGAGGAGACAAGGCCAAUGCAAGAAUAAAGUACCUGAAUGAGGUCAUGUCGGUAAGAGACAGACCGACCUUCAAAGGGAAAGCCAGUAAUCCUGCUCCCCCAAGAUUGUUUUUCACUCUGAAGGAACUAGCAAUAGUCGUACCCGGACAUAUUUACGGCUUGGUAAUCACCGGAGUGCUAGUCAACUGUCGGGUCAAGAGAAUCUUUAUUGAUCAUGGAAGCUCGGCAGACAUAAUUCUUUGGGAUGUUUUCCAGAGGAUGAACCUGGACGAGAAGGACUUGAAACCAUGCGUCACCGAGCUGGUCGGGUUCAACGGAGCGACGUCCCCUCCAAAAGGCUACAUUGAUUUGAAGUUAACCUUAGGAACGAAGGAUGCAUUCCGAGCUGGAAGGGUUCGUUUCGUCGUAGUAGAUACCUCGUCUUCCUACAACGUGAUCAUUGGCAGGCCUACAAUCCAUGACUGGGAUAUGCUGAUCUCCAUCAAGCAUUGA